AGUGGGACAGCGUCAUAAAUUUGGAAUGCUGAAGGGAAAAUUAUAGAUUUUGAUACUGAAGGAAAUGAAGCGAAGCCUAAGUGAAAAUUCAGCUCGAAGUACAGCAGGCUGUUUGCCUGUUCCAUUGUUCAAUCAGAAAAAGAGGAACCGACAGCCAUUAACUUCCAAUCCACUUAAAGAUGAUCCAGGUAUCAGUACUCCUUCUGACAAUUUUGACUUUCCUCCUCUACCUGCAGAUUGGGCCUGGGAAGCUAUGAAUCCAGAGUUGGCUCCUGUCAUAAAAACAAUGGACACUGGGAAAAUACCACAUUCAGUUUCUCGUCCUCUGAGAAGUCAAGAUUCUGUCUUUAAUUCUAUUCAAUCAAAAUCUGAAAGAAGCCAGAGUGGUUGGAGCUACAAAGAUGGCAACAAAACUACCAGCUUGAAAACUUGGAAUAAAAAUGAUUUUAGGCCUCAAUGUAAACGAACAAACUUAGUGGCAAAUGAUGGAAAAAGUUCCUGUCCAGUGAGUUUGGGAGCUCCGCAACAAAAACAAUUAAGAGUACCUGAACCUCCUAACUUAUCUUGCAACAAAGAAAACGAGCUACCUAGACAAACACAUUCAUCAAAAAUAUUUGGUUCCACAAUGAGAGGGCUAGACAAAAGCAGUGCAUUACAGACAUUUAAGCCCAAUUUUCAACAAAAUCAAUAUAAGAAACAAAUGUUGGGUGAUUUUCCAGAAGAAAACACUCUGAAGGAAACCUCAUUGUAUCAGGUACAGUUUAAGGAAAAAGACAAUUCUUUAAGAAUUAUUUCUGCAGUUAUUGAAAGCAUGAAGUAUUGGCGUGAACAUGCACAGAAAACUGUACUUCUUUUUGAAGUAUUAGCUGUUCUUGAUUCGGCUGUUACACCUGGCCCAUAUUAUUCAAAGACUUUUCUUCUGAGGGAUGGGAAAAAUACUCUGCCUUGUGUAUUUUAUGAAAUUGAUCGUGAACUUCCAAGACUGAUUAGAGGCCGAGUUCAUAGGUGUGUUGGCAACUAUGACCAGAAAAAGAACAUUUUCAAAUGUGUUUCUGUCAGACCGGCAUCUGUUUCUGAACAAAAAACUUUCCAGGCAUUUGUCAAAAUUGCAGAUGUUGAGAUGCAGUAUUAUGUUAAUGUAAUGAAUGAAACUUAAGUAGGGAUAUAAGGAAGUUUAAAUAGCAUAAGUUAUAGCAGUUUUCUGUUAUUGCUUAAUUUACCAUCUCCAUAGUUUUAUAGCUACUGUUUUCCUAUAUUUCACUUGUUGAAUUAAAGUAUUUGAAUCCUUUUAAGUGUGGA